AUGAUCAAAGCUUACUUCUUUCACUCCAUAAUCACUAUCCUAUGCUUCGUGAUCACGUCCUCGCCAUCCUAUGGCCAAGAGGAUAAACAGUAUUCCACUUGUAAUAGCUCCUACACCUGUGGGAAUAUUCAAAAUAUCAGCUUCCCUUUCUGGGGUGGUGAUCGACCUCAAGAAUGUGGUCUUCCACAAUUCGAGCUUUCAUGUGAAGCCAAUCAGGAUCCCCUUAUACAUAUCGAUGGUCAUAAUUUCCGCGUACUUGACAUAAAUGGAGACUAUCAAACCAUGAGAAUUGCACGAAAUGAUCUUGAGGAUGACAUUUGUCCUGAUAGAUUCGGUAACACUAGCUUAAAUGAUGCCCCUUUCCGCUAUGGUCCUAACUAUAUGGUGCUCAUCCUGUUCUAUGCUUGUCCUUUCGAUAUACCUUCUGAAUGGAAAAAUUUCACCUUUAGCUGCAAUAAAACUGGAGAUUCCAGUCAUGGUUUCUAUCCAGAUCAGUCAUUUAUAUCAUUCUGGGGACCAAAGUAUGGGAGUUGUGAGCGUAAUGUCAUAGUUCCUGUGUUGUUAACGGCAUUUAAGUGGUUCCAAGACCAAGGAAGUACGAAAAUAUUGGAGCUAUUGAAGCAAGGUUUUGAUGUGGUUUACAACAAAAGUGUAUUAUGUAUGGCUUGUGAGAGGUCAGGGGGAUUAUGUUGGUCAGAGACAGAUUUUGCGGAGUCAUCUUGCCUUUGUCAGGAUCGAACUUAUUCUUACAACUGCGGUUAUACAUUACUGGCUCAAGGUGUGUUUAAUUAA